AUAUGCACCAGUUUUUGGUGACAAUUAAAUAUGUUGUAAUGUUGUUGUUGUUGUUGUUCUGCUGCUUCUUUUGUGCCCUGUCAUCCGUAGAGUGACCCCCUUUUGCACAAUUGCCAUUGAAGCAGGUAGCAAUUGAGAGAGACCCCCCCGUCCCUCCCUCCAGUCCCUCAAGCCCUGUUUUAUACGACCAGGCCUUCUUGUCCCGGGGAAGUCCUUCCCGGGCCCCCACCCGCCUCGUGCGAGCGUGCGGAGGGCACAGUGUGCACGGGGACGUUUGCAGCAGGCCGUGGGACCCCAGUGAGAUGCUGCUCCCAACGCUCGGUCCCGGUCACCGGCUUUGCAGGUCGUUGUUGGGGAGAGUCGUGGCGGCUUGCUCGGUGCAGGAAGCGUUUUGUUUGCCCGGUCGGCGUCCUCGCAGGAGCACGGUCAUGGAGGUGGUGCCGGCCGAGGUGAAUAGCUUGCUUCCAGAGGAGAUAAUGGACACGGGUAUAACUUUAGUGGAUGAUGAUAGUAUUGAGGCUGUCAUUGUUUCGUCCCCAAUUCCCAUGGAGACAGAGCUGGAAGAAAUCGUCAGCAUAAGUUCCGCAGCCGCGCCCGUCUGCACGGAGGCCGUCGCGGGGUACAGCAACCACUCUGACCAAGCGGCAGCCCCUCCAGCAGACCCCAGCAGCGCAGUGAAACCAGCUCUCCCCAGUGGCCUUCAGAAACUUGGUGCUCAGACUCCUGUGACCAUCUCAGCCAAUCAGAUUAUUUUAAACAAAGUACCGCAGACAUCCGACCUUAAGCUCGGCAAUCAGACCCUUAAACCAGACGGACAGAAGCUAAUUCUAACAGCUCUGGGCAAGUCUGGCUCGCCGAUCGUUUUAGCACUGCCCCAUAGCCAGCUGCCCCAGGCCCCGAAAGUUCCAGCUCAGGCCCAGUCAGGAGAUGCUAAGUUACCAGCGCAGCAAAUUAAAGUAGUGACCAUUGGAGGGAGGCCAGAGGUGAAACCUGUCAUUGGUGUCUCGGCACUGACCCCAGGAAGUCAACUGAUUAACACUACAGCCCAGCCCUCUGUGUUACAGACCCAACAGUUAAAAACAGUACAGAUUGCUAAGAAGCCUCGAACACCAACCUCUGGUCCAGUAAUCACGAAGCUGAUCUUUGCAAAACCAAUUAAUAGUAAAGCGGUUACAGGACAGACAACUCAAGUGUCACCACCGGUCAUUGCAGGUAGGGUUCUCUCACAGUCCACUCCCGGAACUCCAUCAAAGACCAUAACAAUAUCUGAAAGCGGUGUUAUCGGAUCCACUUUAAAUUCUACAACACAGACACCAAAUAAAAUAGCCAUCUCACCUUUGAAAUCGCCAAAUAAGGCCGUCAAGUCCGCCGUGCAGACCAUCACUGUGGGCGGGGUGGGCGCGUCACAGUUUAAGACGAUCAUCCCUCUGGCGACCGCUCCCAACGUCCAGCAGAUCCAAGUGCCUGGAAGCAAGUUCCAUUAUGUGCGGCUGGUCACGGCCACCACGGCCAGCAGCUCCGCCCCGCCCGUCAGUCAGAGCGCCAGCACCAACAGCCAGCCCCUCCAGCAAGCAAAGCCAGUGGUUGUCAACACAACUCCAGUGAGGAUGUCAGUUCCAAUCGUCUCAGCUCAGACUGUCAAACAAGUGAGUAUCACGAAGCUUCUUGACACCAGCCAGCCGCAGCAUGCGGAGCUCAUCAUGCCGUGCCGCCGCUUGCCCCAGAUCAGCGCAACCUCGCCACCUGCCGCCGGCCCCCUGGCUCCGGCCCCGGGGACGGGCAACGUGGGUUACGCGGUGCUUCCGGCGCAGUACGUGACUCAGCUGCAGCAGUCUUCGUAUGUGUCCAUAGCAAGCAACUCGAACUUCACCGGGCCCUCUGGUGUCCAGACCCAGGCACGGCUUCCAUUCAACGGGAUAAUCCCGUCAGAGUCUGCCAGUCGGCCCAGAAAGCCCUGUAAUUGUACAAAGUCCCUGUGUUUGAAAUUAUACUGUGAUUGCUUUGCAAAUGGCGAAUUCUGCAAUAACUGCAAUUGUACUAAUUGUUAUAACAAUUUGGAACAUGAAAAUGAGAGGCAAAAGGCAAUAAAGGCCUGCCUGGACAGAAACCCAGAAGCCUUUAAGCCUAAGAUAGGGAAGGGGAAGGAGGGCGAGUCGGACCGGCGUCACAGCAAGGGGUGCAACUGCAAGCGCUCGGGCUGUCUCAAGAACUACUGCGAGUGCUAUGAGGUGAGCCGCUGGCAAAAAAUAAUGUGUUCCUCCAUAUGCAAGUGCAUCGGCUGUAAGAAUUUCGAGGAAAGCCCGGAGAGGAAGACCCUGAUGCACCUGGCGGACGCGGCCGAGGUCCGGGUGCAGCAGCAGACGGCGGCGAAGACCAAGCUGUCCUCGCAGAUCUCCGACCUGCUCACCAGGCCCGCGCCCGCGCUCGGCAGCGGCGGGGGCAGGUUGCCAUUCACGUUUGUCACUAAGGAAGUGGCCGAAGCCACGUGCAACUGCCUCCUGGCGCAGGCCGAGCAGGCGGACAAGAAGGGCAAGUCCAAGGCGGCCGCCGAGCGCAUGAUCCUCGAGGAGUUCGGCCGGUGUUUGAUGAGUGUCAUCAGCUCGGCGGGCAAAGCGAAAAGCGACCCUUGUGCCAUGAACUGCUGACUCCCGCGCGAACACCGGCCAGUGGAACGGCACAGAAAAUGGAAGGUGCAGGGCCACUCGGUUUUCUGGAAGAUAGCUUAACAAUUACCGUAUUUUAAUUCAGUCCUUGUUUUAAGAGACCUGAAACCAUAAUACUGAAAGAGAAAAAAGAGUUUUAAAUGAGGAAAUUAGUAUGUUUUAAACCUCAUUAGUGGAAUCUGCUUAUGCCCCUUCUAAAUUGAAUUUUCCUUUAUUGUAUUUAUAUAGAUUUUUAAUUUGCUUGGGUUCCUUCAGAAUUAGAUGUUCUAUCCUUCUGAUUCCGUCGACAAAGAACAUUUAUAAAUGACUCUAAUUUAUAAUGGACGGUGUUGUAUGACUUUGUUCAGUAGGAAAAGCCAGAGCAGCAGUGGCUGCUCCCCAGUCAUUCUUUAGGGCCAGAUCUAGAAUGUGUCCAGGUAGAACGUCCACCUUUCAUAAGCAAAUGCUAACGAAACAUACAGAGAUGACGUUUUGCAUUUAGAAAAAGCGCUGUCUUUUAAAGGAAAAUCAGCAUUUUAGGUUGGAUCCUGGAAUAAUAUCCUGUUGUCACUUUGGGAGUGUCAGAAGGGGAAGCCAUCCCUGGGUGCACUUUUAAAAUUAAAAAAAAAAAAAAAAAAUUUUUUUUUUUUAAAACAUAUAAAAUAUGAAGGGACAGUAAAUAAUUCUCAGAGGAUGGGCAAUAUACUUCUGGAAUAAGGAAGGGCUAACAGAUGCUUUGGGGAUGUCUCUCCCAUUUUCUUUCACAGAGGUGGUAUGUACUUGAAACGAUAAUAAAUUGUCCGAGUGAUUACUGGGUACUGUUAAAAUGAGAGGUGUGUACAAGUAGAGGUGAACAUAUCAUUAUGUAGUGAUGACCUAGGACCUCACAUAAUUAUCACGUCUACAAUUUGGCCUAGCUGAAGAAAUGACAGAACACGGCAGCUGUGAGAGAUGAACUGGAGAAGGAUUUGUCAUCCGUACAAACAGUUCUCUUUGUAGACUUUUCAACUAACAGGUUUCAAACCGACGCAUGACUCUUCCUUGAUUUCCUGAAAGGGCCUCCUAGCAAAGCUUUCACAAUUACAGCGGGAAAAACUCUUUUUAUAAAGGGACGUGUGGCAUUAUUUUUAGCCAGUGAUUUGGUAAGCUGCAGGUAUGAGUGUUUCUCUGUAAUUACUAAAGUAAUCUGAAUCAUUUUCAGUAAUUCAAAAACUCUAUGAAUUUAAGAGCCUGUUAUGAUAGGACUCUUGAUUUUAUGACAACAGAAAACCAUGUUGGAAUCCAGGCAUUUUGUUAGGUACCGUAAUCCUCGGUGAUUAUUAGCAUAUGAUUAUUGCAUUUCCUAUAAGGACUCCAUAGUUGUUGUAUGUAUUAAGUGUGUAUAUAUGUUCAUAUGAACAUGCAAGAUAUAGGCAAUAGAAAUUAAGUAAUCCAAAAGAGGAUUCCGUUAUGCAUUAAAGUAUCUUCCCUUUGAAAUUUGGAUUUAUAAAAUUAUAGUGCAGUAACUUUAAAUGUAGAUAGUGCAAACAUUCUUAGCACCUCAAUCUAAUAUGUUUAAUUAAAAUUUGUAUAAAUGUAAAUUAGUGUAAGAGGAUAAAAUAUCUAAUCAAGUUAUUUUUCAAAAGAUUGCAAUAAGUUUUUGGUCUAAACCUAAACUUUGUUCAUUUUGUACAUAGUCUGUGUUAAUUCUAAUUGCACCUUUGUGAUGUGUAUUUAUAUACAGUGUGCAGAAAAUGUUUGUGAAAUUCUGAUUACAAUUGUAGAUUAUGUAUGAUGGCAUUGCUUAAGAAUGUUUUGCUUGUAAAAAUUUGAAGGUGCAAUCAAAUGCUACUAGUUUUUCUGAUUUCCAAGAAGCUAUCUAAGAUAUUAAGCCUUUUCCUUCCUGUGUAGUACUUACUAAACAACUUUUGUAUUUAGGCAUUUGCAUCAAAUUGCUGAACGAGAUGAAUAGCCACAUUAAUUCAACGAUUUUAAAAGACUAUUUGGGGGAGGGUUGGGUAUAUAAUUUUUUAGCUCUAUUUACAUCCCAAAGUAGAAAGAUUAAAUUUAUAUUUACUAGAGCUAUUCAAAGAAUACACUUUUCUAUAUUGUAAAAACAGGACAGCAAAGUAAAUCAUACAGAAAAUAAACAUUUAUACUAUUCUAUAAAAAAA